CAAUGGCAGUUGAUCCAAACCUAACCAAAGCUGUUUCGAAACUCCAGCUUGACGAGGAAGUACAGAUCACCCUUAACUAAUUUCAAACCUCUCCUAAUUUUCAUCCUCACUCAAAAGAUCUGUACAAAUAUAAGAUGGAGAUGGACUGAUCAGCAGCAGCAGCAGCUUAGGCAGCAUUGUUGGUGGUGGUGAAGAAGAAGAAGUGGUUGUGUUUGAACAGAAGCAGAGCAGCCAUGGGCGCCGCAGACACUCCACUUCUGACUAAUAAUCAUAGCAACUAUGAGGAGGAUGAGAAAGAAAGCCGUGUUAAGGCGUUCGGGAGCGAGUCAAAGAAGCUAUGGAAGCUCGCCGGUCCGGCCAUCUUCACCUCCAUUUGUCAGUACUCACUCGGUGCUCUCACUCAGACAUUCGCCGGUCUCGUCGGCGAAAUCGAGCUCGCCGCCGUGUCUGUCGAAAACUCUGUCAUCGCCGGGCUCGCCUUCGGUAUCAUGUUGGGAAUGGGAAGUGCAUUAGAGACGCUGUGUGGACAAGCAUACGGUGCUGGGCAUAUAAGGAUGUUGGGGAUUUACAUGCAGAGAUCGUGGGUCAUUUUGCUGACAACAGCUUGCGUUUUAGUUCCCAUCUACGUUUGGUCUCCUCCCAUUCUUGAAGUCAUUGGGGAGACCACUGAGAUAUCUGAGGCUGCUGGCAAAUUUGCUUUGUGGAUGAUUCCACAACUGUUCGCGUAUGCAAUGAAUUUCCCAAUCCAAAAGUUUCUACAAGCACAAAGGAAAGUCUUAGUCAUGGCAUGGAUAUCUGCAGUGGUAUUGGUGAUACAUAUAUUUUUUAGUUGGUUGCUGAUAUUGAAGCUUGGGUGGGGCUUAACUGGAGCAGCAAUCACUCUCAACACAUCAUGGUGGAUUAUUGUUAUUGCUCAAUUGGUCUACAUUUUCGUCACCAAGUCCGAUGGUGCUUGGGCUGGAUUCUCAUGGCUAGCAUUUGCAGACUUGUGGGGCUUUGUGAAGCUUUCCUUGGCUUCUGCUGUAAUGUUGUGCUUGGAGUUUUGGUACUUGAUGAUACUGGUGGUGAUAACAGGCCGUUUGGCGAACCCUCUGGUACCAGUUGACGCCAUCUCUAUUUGCAUGAACAUAAACGGAUGGGAUGCCAUGAUUGCACUUGGGUUCAAUGCUGCGAUAAGUGUGAGGGUAUCAAAUGAACUCGGAGCUGGCAAUGCUCGGGCUGCAAAAUUUGCAGUGCUGGUGGUUUCUGUCACGUCUGUUUCCAUAGGGGUUGUUUGCAUGGCUGUAGUAUUUGCAACAAGGGACUACUUCCCUUACCUUUUCACCACCAGUGAAGCUGUUGGUGAGGAAACUACCCACCUUGCUGUCUUGCUCGGAGUCACGGUGCUUCUAAACAGCCUUCAACCAGUCUUAUCAGGUGUUGCUGUUGGAGCCGGAUGGCAAGCUAUUGUCGCUUACAUCAACAUUGGAUGCUACUACAUUGUUGGAUUGCCUGCUGGCAUACUCCUGGGAUUCACAUUUGGUUUUGGAGCUGAGGGUAUUUGGUCAGGGAUGAUUGGGGGCAUUGUUCUGCAAACCAUAAUCUUGGUAGUGGUCACUUCAAUUACUAACUGGACAAAAGAAGCUGAAGAAGCAGAGAGCCGUGUGAAGAGAUGGGGAGGAGGGUCAGCUGGAGAGCAUUGACAUGAACUUGGUAGAGUGACAUCGAUAUUGAGACCACUGACAGCUUCACACAUGAUCGUGCUAAGCAUUUUUUUCUUCGGUCAAUUCUAUGCAAAGUUUGAGAAGGAGUGAAAGAAUACCAUGUCAUCUGAUCAAGCUAAAUACUUUUCACUUCCCUAUAUUUAGAUGUGCUUCUUUUUCAUGCAAUUUUGUUGAGCUUAGUAAUUGAUUGCACAUUGCAGAAUCUCAUCUUGGGUGUAUCGAUAUCAUUGUAAUGAAGUUGUUAUUCACUCUA